AUGACACUAAACAACCGUACUUCGACUAUUACUCAUUAUGCUUCAAUUGUUAGUAUGACGAAGAGACUUCUCUUAAAUGGGCCUGCUUCUGUCAACGGCAUCCGAAAGCUCAGUCGUGCUUUUGGAAUCAGCAAUGACUGUGGCGGUUUCCGCAUUACACGCGAUGCCUUUCGCGCAUCGCUUAAGGAGGUCGAGAUACUUCUAGCUGAGGACCAACUAAAGGUAAUUUUUACGAUACUGGAUCAAUCUGGAUCCGACACUCUCGAUCCAUCUGAAUUUGUGGCUGCCCUUCGCUAUAAUAUCUCCCCGCUACGGAGGGUAUGGGUGCGUCGUGUGCUGAACACCUUCUCUUUGAAUCCAGAUGGUACCAUCCCGCUAUCGGAGCUGCAUGCUAAUUUUCGAGCGGAGGGUCACCCAGUCAUGGUGAGCGGCGCGCGCACUGCGAGUGAGGUUGCUGAGGAUUUUCAAUCUUCCUUUAAUCUGGCUACAAACCCUGAGGGAGUGAUCAGCGUACAGGAGUUUGAGGAAUACUACGCUGGCAUUUCUGGAACCUUUUGUGAUGACGUCGACUUCGUCGCAAUGCUGCGCGGCGUGUGGCCGAUCAAAGGGGUUUGCAAUGGUUUUUCACAGACCUUAGCACUUGAAGCUGACCCCACCCAGCGAAGCUUUUCUGCUUACCAAACUAUUGAGCAGAAGAACCAGGUGGUGGAAAGGAUGAAAGUGACCUCGAAAAUGAUGUCCAUCAUCGUUGAUGAGCACCGACGGAAGGUUACGUCCGAUGGCGGGCUGUCUUUGCGCCUGCUUGGCUUAGCCCUGCGUUCUGCGGAUACGUCGGAUAGCCUUUUUCUUAGCGUUCAAGACUUUUUGGGCGCACUGCGCUCGCGUCGUCUCUACAUCGAAUGCCCGGAGGCCAUUUGUAUGUUGGAUACCAAUCGGGAUGGCAGUGUGGAUUAUGUCUACUACCUGGAGUUGUUAGUUCCCGAAUUGCCUGCCACACGGCGUCUUCUGCUGGAGCGUCUCUGGCAGAAACUUUUCCCAGAAAAAGACAGCCGAGGGCGAGUGCGGAUAAAGGAAUUUCAGGCUAAAUUUGUGGCUAGAAACGCAGACGAGAAAAAUGGGUUCCUCAGCGCGUGGGAUGUGCGAAAGGCAGUGAGGGGGAAGGUUGGGCUGUCUGAGCUAAUAGAGUGGUAUGUUCCCACAAGCCUUGGAAUACAGUUAGAGAAAGACUUCGAAACUCUUUUACGUGAGCAUUGGCCUGAAUUCACCGAUAGCAACUAA